GGAUAUGCGUGGUCGCGGAUCUAUGAUGGGAGAGGAGGGGAACUUAUAUAUAAAGCAACUCUUUCUUCUAGGAGGAAGCGCAAUGCUCCGGAAGCCAAUGUCACGCGAGGACGUUGUAACAUCUAGUCUUCUUCGAGUCUCCUGAUUGAGUCCUUAACUCCUAUUUAUCCGCCGCAAGCGCUAUCCCCUAUAAAUCUCGCUAAAUCGAGAAAAUUGUUGUGAAAUUAUUUCCGCAUAUAAUAUUCUAAAAUGUGCGACGACGACGUAGCUGCACUGGUGAUCGACAAUGGCUCGGGAAUGUGCAAGGCCGGAUUCGCCGGGGACGAUGCUCCUCGAGCCGUGUUUCCUUCCAUCGUUGGGAGACCCCGAUACCAGGGAAUCAUGGUGGGCAUGGGACAAAAGGACAGUUACGUGGGCGACGAGGCGCAAAGCAAACGGGGUGUCCUCACCGUCAAGUACCCAAUAGAGCACGGUAUCGUCACUAAUUGGGACGACAUGGAGAAGAUCUGGCAUCACACAUUCUACAACGAGCUGAGAGUCGCACCAGAGGAACAUCCUGUUCUGCUGACGGAGGCGCCCCUGAACCCCAAGGCGAAUCGCGAGAAAAUGACGCAAAUCAUGUUCGAGACUUUCAACACUCCGGCCAUGUACGUCGCCAUCCAGGCCGUCCUGUCAUUGUACGCGUCAGGACGCACGACCGGCAUCGUGCUUGACAGCGGUGACGGGGUGUCUCAUACGGUACCGAUUUACGAAGGAUAUGCCUUACCGCACGCGAUUCUGCGCUUGGAUCUGGCUGGCCGCGAUCUCACAGAUUACUUGAUGAAAAUUUUGACCGAGAGGGGCUACACCUUCACGACCACCGCCGAGCGCGAAAUCGUGCGCGAUAUCAAGGAGAAACUGUGCUAUGUGGCCUUGGAUUUCCAGCACGAAAUGGCAACGGCCGCCGCAUCGACCGCGUUAGAGAAGAGCUACGAAUUGCCGGACGGCCAGGUCAUCACGAUCGGCAACGAGCGCUUCCGUUGCCCGGAAGCGAUGUUCCAGCCGAGCUUCCUGGGCAUGGAAUCCUGCGGCAUACAUGAGACAACGUACAAUUCGAUCAUGAAGUGCGACGUCGACAUCCGUAAGGAUCUGUACGCCAAUUCGGUACUCUCGGGCGGCACCACCAUGUAUCCAGGCAUCGCCGAUCGGAUGCAGAAGGAGAUAACAACGCUUGCGCCGCCUACCAUGAAGAUCAAAGUGAUCGCGCCGCCCGAGAGGAAAUACUCUGUCUGGAUUGGCGGCUCGAUCCUCGCCAGUCUCAGCACGUUCCAGCAGAUGUGGAUUUCCAGGCAGGAGUACGACGAGCUAGGACCGUUCAUCGUGCAUAGAAAAUGUUUCUAAGGAUCUUGAUGCUUUACGCCAUGCCAUCUCACUCUCUAACGCUUGGUCGGUAUUAAUCCUUAGUGGAUCAUAUGCAGGAUAAUUGUCAGAAAGAGAGAGAGAAAGUCAACUUUUAUAUCUCUUGAGUAGUAAUUUAUUACAUUUCCUGAGUAUAGUGACUUCUUUUACAUACUUUCCGAGAAACAGCAUCGCGCGCAUUUCUUGAAAAAUAAUUUUUUUACUCGCCGAGAGACAAAUUCUAAUCCACCUGACGAAUAAUUUCUUAUUCUUGAAGUAUCGAAUCAAGUGCAAUGAUAGAAUUCUAUAUCCGAUUUGAUGUUAAUUCUCGUUGCAUUCCCAUGAACUUUAAGAACUUUUCAUUCCUCCGUCUGGAUUCGGAAACUUGCGCAGAUCGAACAGAGCCAUAGAGAGAUUCAAUGUCUUUUUUUAUUUCUAAAAUGUUAUACUCGAUAUAUUAUAUUACAUAGCAGGACGUUUAAGGCAGAUGACAUUAGAGAAAGUCUAUUUUCUCGCCCUUGGAAAUAUCCAUAUAACUUUUGACACAUUCAUCUGCCGACACAAUGAAAUUCCUUCUUUCUUGAGACAUAUAUUAGAAAAUAAUAAUUUAUGUAUCCUUUUAUACAGAAUUGUCGCACAUAUUUAUAGAAUAUGUACUAAGAACUCAAUCGAUAAUGUCACAACUAGAAAAAAUUAUCAUUUACAAGAUACCGAUAAUUACAUUCGUAAUAUUGACAGCAUACAAUGCUGUCUUGUAUUCAUGAAAUUUUAAUAGUCUUCACGGACGGUUAAUACACUAUCUUACAUUAUAUAUAUAUAUAU